ACGUCGCCAAAGCGUCAUGUUUUUUAGCGUUUUGGUUUAACUUCCACCACGCCAUGCAGUCUCUCCCUGGAACACAAAUAUUAUAGCAUAGCAAGAGAUCUUGUAUUCUUUGUGACGAUUCGAGAGAGAGAGAGAGAGAGAGGGCGUGUGUGUUCAGAGGCGACAAGUCAUUCAACAUUGCUCUGCUUUGGCAGAAAUCAAUCAUCAGCAAACCCUAGUGGCUUUAAGUUAAGUUUUGGAGAGAUCCACCAAUUCUCUGUCCUCCUCCUGCCAUCUUGUAAUCUUCUCUUCUGAACAAUGGCCAACAAGCUCUUAUUCUUAUUAUGCGUGGUGGCUCUAUCACACUACGCUCUCGUAGCCAUUGCAGGGAAGAGCUAUUACGAAGUGUUGCAAGUGCCGAAAGGCGCGUCGGACGAACAGAUCAAAAGAGCGUAUAGAAAGCUAGCUUUGAAGUAUCAUCCUGAUAAGAAUCAGGGAAAUGAAGAGGCUAAUUUGCGAUUUGCUGAGAUUAGCAAUGCGUAUGAGGUGUUAUCGGAUAGUGAGAAGAGGAAUAUAUACGACAGGCAUGGUGAAGAGGGACUUAAGCAGCAUAUGGCUAGUGGAGGCAGAGGAGGAGGAGGAGGAAUGAAUUUUCAAGACAUUUUUAGCCAAUUUUUUGGUGGAGGUCAGAUGGAAGAGGAAGAGAAAAUCGUGAAGGGUGAUGAUGUAAUUGUAGAAUUGGAUGCAACAUUGGAAGACCUGUACAUGGGUGGGUCACUGAAGGUUUGGAGGGAAAAAAAUGUUAUAAAGCCAGCCCCUGGCAAAAGACGCUGUAACUGCAGAAAUGAAGUUUACCACAAGCAAAUUGGUCCAGGAAUGUUUCAACAGAUGACAGAGCAGGUCUGUGAGCAAUGCCAAAAUGUCAAGCAUGAAAGGGAGGGAUAUUUUCUUACAGUUGAUAUUGAGAAAGGGAUGCAAGAUGGACAAGAGGUGGUUUUUUAUGAAGACGGCGAGCCUAUAAUUGAUGGAGAGCCUGGAGAUUUGAAGUUCCGAAUUCGGACAGCACCCCAUGACGUCUUCAGAAGAGAAGGCAAUGACUUGCAUACUACUGUCACCAUAACACUGGUUCAAGCUCUUGUUGGUUUCAAGAAGACCGUUAAACAUCUUGAUGAACAUUUGGUGGACAUUAGCUCGAAGGGAAUCACUAAACCCAAGGAAGUAAGAAGGUUCAAGGGGGAGGGAAUGCCACUGCAUUUUAGCACAAAGAACGGUGAUCUUUACAUCACGUUUGAGGUUCUUUUCCCCGCGUCACUAUCUGAAGACCAGAAGACAAAGAUCAAGGAAGUUCUUGGCUAGGCUGUAGAAAUUAAUUUCUUUCGCGUCCUGAACUGUUCAAAUUGUAAAAUGGCAUUAUAUAGAAAAUCAGAAAGCGGCAUGGUUUUUGUUUCUUACACUUUGUUGAGGAGUAGCAUACAUACUAUUUGUUUCCAUCUAAGCUAAAAUCUCCCUUGUUUCUUAAUGGAUUGUUAGUGAAAAGUGCAAUAGAAGGUCAAAUUAAAGAUGAA